AUGGGCAGUCUCCCUAGUAAAUGUCUACAUCUCCCACGCCGCCACCGCCGUCCCCUGCCUGGCCGGGAUCGGGCCCUGGUCCGCCCCGCCGGUGAUCCCCAUCCACCACCCGGCAGGGGCCACCCCGCUGCUCCUUCACCUGCCCUGCACCCUGGGCGCAGGCUCUUCCACCAGGUACGUAGGCCUUUACCGGCCACCUUUCAUAUCGAGCCGAGGAGGCGGUACCCCAUCCCGCAGGCUGCAUGGACCACUCCGAGCAUCCUCCCCUUGGGUAACUGGAGUAACCCUCCGAAAAAACCUGUCCUAUCGUCUCGUAAUUCGAUGAUGUUUGGGCACUCCAGAGCCAUCAGAAUCCCUCCUCCAGGGCGCAAAUUAAGACUCCAGCGUUUGCCAUCAGAGACUGGAGAGGGGGCUGCGGAGCCGGUCCCAUCCAGGGGCCUCCCACUUUCGUGCCCAAAUGGGAGGGAGGAGAAGACCCAAAAAGAAUCCACAGGAAAGAUGGGGGAACCUGUGGAGACCAAAGGGCGGGAUGGUGGGAGCAGAGCCCCCCAUAACUGCGGGGAUAUACAGUUAACAUCUCGUCCCCUGGAGGCCAGUGAACUUAGCUCCAGGCAGCACAGCCCUGAGCCUUUGGACCUCCGUCCUGGUCCUUCAGAAGACAGUAGGAGGAAGGACACCCACCAGGAUCAGAUUCACUCCUCCCCUGACGGCCAUGGAGUCACCACCUCGCAUGGCCCUGCCAGAGAUGUGCCUCACACAGAUGCAGCCGUGCUCUCCCACCCAGCCCCAUGCUGCCCCUCACUGCAGGAGACAUCAGCCAAAGAAUUGUCGGGGAAACCAUCAGCCUGUCGCUGCCAGCAGCAGGGCCUGCAAACGGAAGAGACCCAUGCCACCUUCUCUGCCACUGCCACCACCACAGCCACUGUUGUGGGACAGCGAGGAGUUGCCUCUGCCUCGCCUCCUAAGCUUCCUUGCAUAGCUCUGGACAAAAAUCUGGACACCGUGAAGAACACCACAUGUCAGAGGAACAACAUCUUGGGGGACAGAAGAGACAUCAAAGCAGCCUGCUCGGACCCUCUGCCUGCCCCUGCAUUCUCCAUACUUGCAACAGGGACUGCUAACUGUCUCCCAUCCAGCAUGAACACUGUGCAAGUCCCUAUUGCUCCAGCGGGCUUGGCUGACCAACCUGCCAGGCCCCCAAUCCCAUCUGUUCCUCCAUCUUUACCACCAGGUGUUGCAGUUUCCACUAGCUUGCCCCUUGGGGGUUCUGGUGUCACCUCCACUCCAGUAGGCAAGCUCCCUGCAAACUGUCACUCAGCUUCUGAAGGUGAAGCCAUGGACACUACGUCUCCAUCUCAGGCUUCCAUCAUGUAUUCCUCCCCUGUGUCCAGGGACACCCAUGUGCCACCUUACAUAGUGGUUCCGGGAUCUAAGAAGACACCACCCGAUAGCAGGACUGUUGUGGCCCAGGUAGCAUUGGGACACCAUGCUACUUCCACCUUAAAUCCAGGCACUGGGGGCCCACCCACGUUGCCAGUUAGUGGAGCAGUGGGCCGAGACGGCAGCAUGCCCACAGGUAGAGACUCUACAGUCUCCAUGACUGGUAAGUGUACUGGGGGCCCAUCCAGGCAGAGAAAACACCCCCCAUCUGCAUGUGUUGCCAUCUGGGAGAAGAGGUGCCAGUCAGGAGAUCAGGCAGCCUCCUCCUUUAAUCCAAGCAGCAAGGGGCCAACCUUCAAAAACCCAGGUGGUGGAGCAGUGGGAGACGGCCACUGUCCACCCAGAGAUGGAGCUUCAGCUGUUCUUGGCAGCCAUAAACCUACCUUGGACCCAUCGUUACAAAAGAAACCUGAUUCACAUGAAAGAGCCACAACUGUGGACAAAAAAGAUGUGACAAGAGGCAAGUCAGUCACCUCCAAAAAGCAGAGCAAGAGUCCAACUGUCAACAACGCAGGGGGUGGAGCAGGGGGAGACGGCUACGGUCCUCCCAGAGACAGAGCUUCAGCUGCUCCUGGGACCCAUAAUCGCUCCCAGGAUUCAUCUACGCAAAAUCCCAUCGCUCCAUGUGGAAGAGCCACACGCGUGUCAAGAGACGUGUGCGUUCACCCCCCACAGAUCCCCUGCAGCUUGCCGGCCCACACUGCCUCUGUCGCAGUGGCAAGUGGCAGCACUGUGUCUGUACUUGGAGCCACAUCCACAUGUAGUUCCAUGGUCCCUCCCAGUAACGGCGGUCCACCUGCCCAGCAGACAGUCAGUAAACAUGGAGGGGACAAGGUCAUUGUCACAAUGGGAGGACCUGGUACUCGUGCUUCCCAGAAGAAUAAUUGUGGAGGACCCAAGGCAGAUCCAGCAGGAGCUGUCGCAGAUGUGGACACUAUCACAUCUAUGAUGGCAGGCCUCUCUGUCAGCACCCCCCCGAAGAACAUGGGGAGCUCACUUAACCCCUAA